CAAUUCAAGCAAUUGCAAUGAAAAACUAUAGCCAUAAGGCACGGAGCGCUGUCAGAUCUUGAAGCCCAACGAAGCUAACUACAGACCCCACACUUUACCACAUUUCACCACAUUUUCCAGACCAGACCAGGCUUUUCGGGCGAUCCAUUCCUCUCACCAGUUGAAUUCCAAGCUUCAACUUUUGGUGAAGCGUGGCCAAUCUUCACCGGCUUUGAAUGCACUGCACCACCAGUCUUAAUUAAUGAAUAAACCAGACGAUACUCCAUUUCUUCACUUGCUUAGCUUCGCAUUCAAUUCACUUUGCCCCUCUAUAAAAAGCUAGGGUUACUAUCAAAUCCCCCAAAAGGAAACCAAUUCCAACACAAUGGCCAAACAUUCCAUCAAAAUCCUCCGCAUUCUCCCCCUUUUGCUAACCAUAUACAUUUCCUCCGCUUCAGACCCUAGCCCCCUCCAAGACCUGUGCGUUGCAAACCCUAGCAAACCCUCAGGCCUGGCAAUAAAUGGAGUGCCCUGCAAAGAUCCGGCAAAGACAGUCGCCCGAGAUUUCAAAAGCUCGCUGCUUGCGAAGGCCGGAAACACAUCGAAUUCAUUGGGAUCGGCUCUCACAAUCGCCACAGCCUCAUCUUUUCCGGGCCUGAAUACGCAGGGUUUGUCCUUCGCCAGAAUCGAUUACAGCAAAGGAGGAAUUGUGCAGCCGCAUUUCCACCCUAGGGCUUCUGAGGUUUUGUAUGUGAUGAAGGGCACCCUGGUUGCCGGAUUUAUGGAUACGCAGAAUCGUCUGUUCGAAGAGACUGUGAAGGAAGGGGAAUUGUUCGUUUUUCCGCAGGGAAUGGUGCAUUUUAUUCAGAAUUUAGGGGAUGGACCGGCCGUGAGCUUGUCGAGCUUGAAUAGCCAGAAUCCCGGGGCUGUACUCCUUGCUAAAACUCUGUUCGCAUCGAAGCCUACUGUUCCUGAUACUGUUCUGGCCAAGGCCUUUAAGAUUUCCCUGCAUGAAGUGCAUUCUAUACAGAUCGGGCUCUCUCGUCCAUGAUACCUGUUUCAGUUUGCUGUUUGUAUACAUCGUAUAUAUUAUUAUGUAUAAUAAAAUGCAAUCUACACGUAUACAUAAUAUGAAAUCUACACAUAAUUAUUUUUAA